GAGAGACCUUCCUGCCCUACUACACGGGGCUGGCCAUCGAUGGCAUCGUGGUGCAGAAGAGCAUGGACCGCUUCUCCACGGCAGUGCUGGUCAUGUCACUGCUCGCCAUAGGAAGCUCAUUUGCCGCAGGUAUCCGGGGCGGCGUUUUUACGCUCAUAUUUGCAAGACUGAACAUUCGCCUUCGCAACUGCCUCUUCAGGUCGCUGGUGUCUCAGGAGAUGAGUUUCUUUGAUGAGAAUCGCACAGGGGACGUCAUCUCCCGCCUGACAUCAGACACAACCAUCGUCAGUGACCUGGUCUCCCAGAACAUCAACAUCUUCCUGCGCAACGUAGUGAAGGCCACAGGGGUGAUCUUCUUCAUGUUCAGCCUCUCCUGGAAGCUCUCGCUCGUCACCUUCAUGGGCUUCCCCAUCAUCAUGCUGGUGUCUGAUGUCUAUGGGAAGUACUACAAGAAGCUCUCCAAGGACGUGCAGAACGCCCUGGCCAAGGCCAACAACACCGCCGAGGAGACCAUCUCCGCCAUGAAGACCGUCCGCAGUUUUGCCAACGAGGAGGCGGAGGCGAACGUGUACUGGCAGAAGCUGCAGCAGGUGUACAAGCUCAACAAGCGGGAGGCCAUGGCUUACACCUACUACGUCUGGUCCAGCGGGCUGACCCUCCUGGUGGUCCAAGUCAGCAUCCUUUACUACGGUGGGCACCUCGUGAUCUCGGGGCAAAUGACAAGUGGCAACCUGAUAUCCUUCAUCAUUUACGAGUUCGUCUUAGGAGACUGCAUGGAGUCCGUCGGCUCUGUCUACAGUGGCCUGAUGCAGGGAGUGGGAGCUGCCGAGAAGGUGUUCGAGUUCAUCGACCGCAAGCCAACGAUGGUGAACGACGGGUCGCUGGCCCCAGACCACGUGGAUGGGAAGGUGGAGUUCAGAAACGUGACGUUUUCCUACCGCACUCGCUCUGCAACGCAGGUCCUCCAGAAUGUGUCCUUCACCCUGCACCCCGGCAAAGUGACGGCGCUGGUGGGUCCUUCGGGGAGUGGGAAGAGCUCCUGUGUCAACAUCCUGGAGAACUUCUACCCUCUGCAAGACGGGCAGGUGCUGCUGGACGGGCGUCCCAUUAACAUGUACGAUCACAAGUACCUGCACUCAGUGAUCUCCCUGGUGAGCCAAGAGCCGGUGCUGUUCGCCCGCUCUAUUGCAGAUAAUAUUUCUUACGGCUUAACUUCAGCCUCCUUCGAGUCGGUUGUUCAGGCUGCCCAGAAGGCCAACGCGCACGCCUUCAUCACGGAGUUACAAGACGGCUACCACACAGAGGCAGGUGAAAAAGGAGCCCAACUGUCAGGUGGCCAGAAGCAGAGAGUGGCAAUUGCCAGGGCCUUGAUCCGAACCCCCCCCAUCCUAAUCCUGGAUGAAGCCACGAGCGCGCUGGAUGCAGAGAGUGAACAUGCGAUUCAGCAGGCGAUUUACGGCGACUUGCAGAACCACACGGUGCUUGUCAUAGCUCACAGGCUGAGCACUGUCGAGAAGGCACACAACAUCAUUGUGCUGGACAAGGGCCGCGUGGUGCAGCAGGGCUCGCACAAGGAGCUGAUGGAAGAAGGAGGCCUUUAUUCCAAGCUGGUGCAGAGACAGAUCCUGGGGCUGGAGGGGGCCGGCGCGGACAGUCUCCAACCCGCAGCCCGGGGGGAUUCGGCGAAGGCACCCAGCGGGCUGGAGGAAGAGUUCAGGAUAGACCAUUCCCUGCCGGCCGUGGCGCAGGACGAUUACAACACCAUGGCUCACAAGUGA